UAGGUCAGUUUUGAAGGCAAUGCUUUGUUCUAAGUCCCUGGGCAAAGUGCCACAUGCCUGUACCGCAACUUACAGGAGUCAUUUUCCUUGUGUUUUAAAAACCAAAGGUGAUGGCCAGGGCUGUUUGCAGCCAGCAGAGAAGGCACUGGAGCUGCCACGUACUGCAAGGAUGUGGGUCAUCAGGGUGUGAACAGGGCUCUAGCAAAGUACACACUCCACUCCCUACAGUAGCUGAGCUCUUAACACUGUGGAGUAUCCAGUUCAGGAAUGCCAGGGGACAAAAAUCUAUGUCCUUGUCCAUUUGGUUCUGGUUUAGAUCUUGUUGCAAAUUGUUCCAUUCUGAGAUACAUCAUGCUAGAGUAUCUGUCCUGCUGCUCCAGUUUAUGGAAAAAGUCUAAGCUAAUUUUUUUUUGUCUGAAGUCCAGUGACACCCAAGUUCCUGUUGACACUUUAUUAGCUUUUUUGCACCUCUUUCAACUCAUGCCUCUGCCCUGAAGCUCCAGAAGCAAAUUGUUUACAGUCACAGAGUUGUGAGUGGGGCAGCUACCCUUAACUCUUCAGAGGGGAACCUGAAGUGCUCUCCUAGGCUUGCCAAAUCAUGUACAAGGCCACACAAUGGGGACACCCUGCACACUCACUCUCGAGUGCAAUUGCACUCAGCCCUGGAGUUUUCUUCAGAGGAAAGGGUUGUGUCAAGUUGUUAACCGAGGGAAGUGAGCAAGCUUUAAGCAGGGAGAGCACAGUGGCUACUUAAACAGUGAACCAUGCCAAUAGGGCCAGACAGGUGAUUUAAAAUCUAGCAGAACUGUGGCUGUAUGGAUCUGAAUUUCCCCUUAAGUAAAAUGUUUACUGCAGUGUCCAAAACUUUCCACCUGAGCCCCAUGGAGUUGCUGUUACAGCAGGGUGGCUGGAGACCCUCGAGAGGGGCCUGUGAGAGCAAGCCAAGGCAAAAUGAACCAUUCAGAGCCUCUUGUCUGUGUGUCUGUGCUAUCUUACAGCAUGAUCAGCAGGGAUGUAGGUGUAUGUGCUUUGCUUUGCAAUGGAGUUAAGAGCAACACUUCAUAUUUUCCAUUUCAGUAACUCUGGAAUUCAUCUGGCAAUCCCAGCACACAUGGGAAUUUCACUUAGCAGUUCCUGAAGCCCUUCUGGCAAUGCAGCUCACUGUUCCUUUUGCACACACACAGACUUGGCCUUGUGUUCCAAUGUGCAGACAGUCAGGCACCUUCCCCUCUGAACUCUGUUCAGUCCAAGAUCCAAACAAAAGUAUCACCCUUAAGACAGCAGUAACACUUCAAGCACAUGGAACUCUUCAGCCUUUAAGGCAGUUUGUCAGUUUGGUUGUUAUGAGGAGAAAAUAGUCCCAAGGACAGCUGAAGAAGUACCAUAUACACUAAAAGAUUGCAUAACAGGAGCUAUGGACUUUCAGUAAGGACAAGGACAGGUUUCCAGUAAUGAUUUCUGUGUUGGAAAUGCUAGUGGGGAUUUCCCAGCCAUGGGUAUCCUUUCCAGUUUCCUCUUUUGAGGGGUUUGAAUUGCUUAUAAAUACCCUCUUUGAGAGCACACGAGACUAUCUCCAGCUCCUUUGACUUUGCUGUUCUGCAGUGCUCCCUGUCAGGCUUGGCCAGGAACCAUGAGGCUCUGGGUCUGCAUCGCGUUGCUCUCUGUUGUUCUGUGUGUGAGUGCUGACAGACCAAGGAUAGUCCAAGGAAUGACCCGUGCUGGACAAUUUGUCCGGGAUGCAGCGAGAGGUACAUGGGAUAUGUUCAGAGCAUACAAGGACAUGCGCGAGGCAAAUUACAAAGGUGCCGACAAGUAUUUCCAUGCCCGUGGGAAUUAUGAUGCUGCCCGGCGAGGACCUGGUGGUGCUUGGGCAGCGAGAGUGAUCAGCGACGCCCGGGAGGGCUGGCAGAGCAGCGUGAGCGGCAGAGGCGCCGAGGACACCCGCUUGGACCAGGAGGCGAACGCGUGGGGCCGGAGCGGCGGCGACCCGAACCGCUACCGGCCCAAGGGGCUGCCCAGCAAGUACUAGCGCUGUACUCCGCUCCUGUCACACCUCCCUUUGUAAAGCCAAUAAAGGAAUCCUCCUGA